AUGCCGCCUAAACGACCCAACACAUAUGCUUCUCAAGGACCUUCACAAAGAAGGAGGAAUCAAGCUUCUCCUUCUUCCGACGACGACUCUGAGGAUGGCGAGUACGAUGGUCAUGUAGCAGGAGGUCAAGCUACUCAAAAUGGAGGCGGAGGCGGAGGCGGAGGAGGAGGUGUGACUCAAGGUAGCUCAGGUGGAUUGAAAGAUACCGAGAUCAAAGCGAAAGCUGGACAGCUCGCUCGGUAUGCCCUAUUUCAAGAAUAUAAGAAAAACAUAAUUAGAAGAGCAGAUAUAGUGAAAAAUGUGAUCCCAAAUAACUCUCGAGCAUACAAUUUCAUAUUUGCUGAAGCGCAAAAAAUACUGAAAGAGACCGUCGGUUGUGAGAUGGUCGAAAUCCGAUCUAGAAACAAAGGUGCCGCUCCUGUCGAUGGAACCGGGACCACUCAAGCUGCAGUUUCGGCUGGAGGCAGGAAAGGUAAAGGCAGAGCAAGACAAAACGGGGAUGAUGAUGAAGAUGAUGAAGAUGAAGAAACACCAACAGCAACGCAAAGAACCAAGAACACGAAUACCAAAGCUUAUAUACUUCGAUCGACAUUAUCUCCUCAACUACUCGCAGCCAUGUCAAAUCCAUCCCCACUACCUCUCGGUGCCGAAUCAGACGAAAACGCAGGUGAAGAUUCAGGAGCGCUAAUACAGUGGGAAAAAGGAGAUGGAACAAGUUCGGGUCAUAUAGCGUUAUUCGGUCUUAGAACAGUCAUUCUGGCUAUUGUGAUGACUAUGGGUAGGGUGAUAUCAGAUGAUGCUCUGCACGCAUACCUUCGCCGACUCAACCUGAAAAGGGAAACGAUCCUACCGUAUACUUCAUCAGAUUCAAAAGAACCUCCAUUAACGUUAGACAGGUAUCUGGAUUUACUGGCUAGGCAGAACUAUCUGGAAAAAAUCAAAUUACCUGGACAUGCGAGUACAGAAGGAGGCGAAACGUAUGAUUGGAAAUGGGGUCAAAGGGAAGUGGAGUUCAGCGAAAAAGAUGCUGUUCACUUUAUCGAACAAGUGAUUCUGGGCGAUGAAGAUGAUUCAAGUAGUGAAGAAGAUGAAGAAGGAGAUAGAAGGAGAAGAAGAGGUAACAGGGUAAAGGUAGAUAAAGUAGCCAGAAGGAAGAAAUUACACGAUGAUAUAAUUAAAGCUGCAGGUGGGGAAAUACUGGGAUUGUAA